CGUUAGCGGUUUCAGCGUUUUCGAGUCUCGGUUAUCGAAUCGGCUCGAGUCGCCGUCAGUUUAGUCAGCCAUCGUCCCUCUAAGACAACUGAAUGAGCAGGAUCAGUAAACCAAACGCCUAGCUAGAAGAGGAUCAGUCAGAAAUGCGACUCUGAUCGGUGCGUUACCGCUAGCUUUCCACUGCUGAAGGAUCUCAAGAGAAUCUACACUUCUGCUCUUUCCCUCGUCUGCCUAGAACCCCUUGACUUCCAACUGCGACCAAGGUGAAGCAGAUUAGUCCCCUAAUCCUGCGAUCGGGUUGUUCCAACGUCUGGUCGGGAGCUUUCUUUCCGUGUCCAGUAGCUUUGCAUAGGAUUGUUUCCAGACGUGCCUCUGAUUCCAGAGUAGCUUUUCUUCUCCUAAUUACCUCUGAUAUUAGAGCAACAUGCCAACCAUAUCUCUCGUUUCGCGGCCUCAAGCCGCUGAUUGCACCAGCAAGCUCCGUAACACCGCACCUAGUACUGGCUGCACUCGGCUUUCAGUGAGCCGCGCCGCCAGAGUCAGGUUUCCUCGCACGCGAACGUUUCGCGGAGUAAAUGUUCGCUGCGAUGCCCAGGAGAAGCCUACGAUCAGUCAUAAUUCAACAUUCGUCGAGGAAGAGUCGGCUUUAAAGGAGGAGCUCCGGAAGGCGACGCGGUUCGAGAAGCGAUUAGAGGCCCGAGUCGGCGUUCCGCAAGAGCUGGAGGUUUUUACCGGGGACGAGCUGCACUAUGUAGAGACGUCCGACGGAUGGCGGCUCGCUCUCUGGCGGUACCUCCCCUCUGAUUCGGUCCCGCGGAAAGCGCAUCCAGUCCUCCUGCUCUCUGGAAUUGCAACCAAUGCUCUUGGAUAUGAUAUAUCAGAAGAGGUGUCGUUGGCUCGCCAUUUGGCAGGUCAAGGGUUCGAUACCUGGGUGCUCGAGCUCCGUGGAGCAGGCUUAAGCCAGUCUCCGUUCUCUAUAGCAGGGAAACAGGGUUUCUCAACCGCUACGAGCUCGGCUAUUGGUCCUAUCGAAGGGCCCCCGAUUACAUUCCUUAAUGGAUUCGCAUAUGGCAGAGUCAACACUGCCAUUGAUACUGAAGGCCCAACUGUAGAGUCUUCAAGCAAAUACGCAAGUGGAAGCUCGCUUAACGGGGCUUCAAAUGGGACCACAAGUGGUAACGGCUCGGCUGUUAGCAGCAGCAGCAGCAGAGAAGCUGGUGUGACAAACGGCUCUGUAUUCACCCCGUUGUUUUCAAGUGAUGAUGAAGAUGCAACAGCAGCAGCAGCAACAACAAGUGCAACAGCAGCAGCAGCAGCAACAACAGUAACAGCAGCAACCACAGAUGGGCCAGCAGCUACUAACGAGGAUGCUUCAGAAGGUUUCAGCGUCACCAGCAGCUUAUCCCGAACCAUGCAGCUGUUGAGGAACUACUUCGAUCAAUUCUCCAUCACAGGACUACCAACGGACCCCCAAACACUCAGGCCCAAGCUUAAAGCCACUGAGAGCCGAUUGAGAGCAGCUCUCGACCAAUCAAGGUCGCAGCAGCCGGUGGCGCUGCUAGACUUCCAGCAUCUGCUGGUUGAGCUGCAGACCUGCAGUGACGUAGAGCUGACGUCAUCUGGCUUGCCACGGCUAAGGCAGGCCCUAGAUUCCUUCUUCUCUAUUGCACAAUCACCUGAGAUUUCGCCUGAGGCGGUAGAAGCACUGGAGGAGCUGGCUGGUACAGUAGGCCCACUGGAUACUAAGACAGACACGUCUCUCCCCGCCGCCGCUACCGCCUUCCUUCAGCAAACCACGCGGCUGCUCAGCAGCAGCCUCGCCUCUUCCAACCUAGACAAACGGCUAGCCGAUCUGCAGAAACGGCUGGGGGAAAUAGUGGAGUCGAGGCAGGGCGUGGCAACGCCAGGGGUGGCUGAGCUGUACGAGCAGCUGAUCAGAGUGAUUCUGCAGACACAGGACGUGGCGAGCCUGGCUAAGGAGUAUAACUGGGACUUCGACACUUACUUGUACGAGGAUGUGCCCGCUGCCAUGCGGUACGUGCGGGAGCGCACCCAGCCGCACGAUGGGAAGAUCCUGGCCGUCGGUCACUCCAUGGGGGGGAUCCUUCUUUACUCAAGAAUGGCCGCUUUGGGGCCGGAUGCAGGCUUGUUAGGAGUGGUGACGGUGGCGUCGUCGCUGGAAUACUGGAUGGCCAACUCCAGUCUCAAGCUACUCAGACCGCUGUCCGGCCCAGCAAGGGCGCUCAACUUCCCCGUCAUCCCAGUGGCAGUGCUGGCACGAGCAGCGCUGCCCCUAAUGACCCAGCCGCCCUUCACGCUGGCGUGGGUGGCGCACCAGGUGUCUGCAAGGGACGCCAUGGACCCUGGGCUGUUCACGAAGCUCAUGCAGAAUAACUUCUGCACCAUCCCUGUCAAGCUGCUCCUGCAAAUGGAGUCCAUUUUCAUUCCUGGUGGCCUGCGCAGCCGCAGCGGGUCCAUCUCGUACCUCAAGGGGCUGAGGGACUGUUCCACUCCCAUCCUGGCGCUUGCUGGUGAUGCUGACGGUGUCUGCCCGCCGCUGCUCGUAAAAGAGACUCUUAAGGCCAUCCCAUCAGCCAGUGUUGAGUACCGGCUGUUUGGCGGUUCGGACAACCGCCGCUACGGGCACUACGACAUGCUUGUGGGGAAACAUGCCCCAGAGGAAGUGUUUCCCGUUAUAACAGAGUUUCUUUGCAAGACCGAUGCUGCUAACGCUGAGGAGCCAGUCAGGGCUGCCGAUGAGUUCCCUUCCACCAUGUCGGCGACUGCAGUUUGAUGCGACGUUGAUGUGAUCAUUCAUGCAUUAGUAAAAUGCAUGCAAUUGCAAUCACUGUAUAUAGUUCUCGUGAAUUGUAGUUAUAAAUGCUAUGGGAGUGGGUGGGGGAGGGGAGCGAUCUCACUUGUAGUGGUCCAAAGGGGAAUGCAUUCAACACAUAAGGGGAGUGCAUCCUUAAGAACCUGUCUGAACAUGAUGUCCUUCUCAUCCAAAAAAACCUCAACCGCACU